CAUUUAUCAAACACCAUCCACACUACUUGCUUCAUUUGACUAAACCCCCAACAUCUCCCACACCUCUCUAACUCGGACAGUUGCUCGAUCUUUAACUCCUAGCGCUUAUAUAUAAAAACCAAGGCCACGGCCUUCUGCUCCCCAGUCUACUGCUGCUGCUUAUCGGGACAAGAACUCGAGAAGUCGGAAACAGAAAAAUGGUGUUCUUCUGUUUUCUGGUUGAUCAGACGCGGAAGGUGUCGAGGAGCAAGCCGGCGGCGGGGACGUGCACCAGGUGUGGCGGGGGAGCAAGCGUCGCGGAUAUGAAAACAGCGACGAGAUUUUGUUAUGUGCCGUUUUAUUGGAAGUCAUGGAGAGCUAUUGUUUGUACUUUCUGUGGAGCUGUUCUUCGAUCUUACAGAUAAAUGUUGCAUCGAUUCGGUUUAUUUUAUGAUAAAUUAGCUUCAAUUAUAAAUUCAAAAACUUUUUGAACAUCUUUAAUGUUGAUGCUGUAAUUAAGUUUGGAUUUCAA